AUGGAUAGUUUUGAAAUUGAGACGAAACCAGAUUGUACGAUUAAUUACUCUACGGGAUUCAAGAACAUUCUUAAGUAUGCAAUCCCUUCUGUAGGAGGAAUGAUACUGAGAAACACUGUUGAUCUUCUAGGGCUGAUUGUGAUAGGAAGAUUAGGAAAUCCUGAUUUAACAUCAGCUUUCGGUUUAACUUAUGUUAUAAGCACUGUUGUCACCUUCUCUCUCGGUGUCGGCCUUGGAGGUGGUGUUGAGACACUCUCUUCUCAAGCAUUUGGAAGUGGGAAGAAUUAUCUUGCUGGGUGAUACUAUAACAGAGCUCAAGUAAUUUUGACAACAAUGUUCGUUGUCCAAGCAGUGAUAAUGUUAUUUACAGAGCCAAUUCUGGUAUUUCUUGGUCAGCCAGAAAUCCCUGCAUACUAUGCUGGAUUAUAUGUCAAGGUAUCUCUUCCCUCUAUCUGGGCUUAUUGCCAAUGAGAAUUGAUGAGAAGGUAUCUCGGAACACAGGGAGCCUUCUACAUCAUCACUAAUUCUCAGCUUGUUUGUUGAGUUUUGCAUCCAUUUUGGCUCUACUUUUUUGUGUAUUAUCUAGAGUUGUCUUUUGUUGGAGUAGCAUUAGCUUGAAAUGUAACGCAACUUUUGAUCUAUUUUGGUCCGAUUUUGUACAUCAGAGUUAAAAAGAAUGCGGUUAAGGAGGAUAGCUGGUUUUGUAUCAAUAGAGAUUCUUUCAAAGGGAUCAGGGAGUACCUUGCCUACGGGCUUCCUGCUGCAGCCAUGACUUUCUUUGAGUUCUGAACUUAUGAAAUUGUCAGUUUAAUGGCAGGUUUAUUGGGUACAAUUGCUUUAGGAACAAACGCAAUAGUCUUUAAUAUACUGUGAAUUAUGUAUAUGGUUAUUUCAGGAAUCUCAUUGGCAGGAUCAACUUUGAUCGGGAACAGUCUUGGAGCAAGUAAACCCCAAGAUGCAAAGAUAUACUCAAAUAUCUGAAUCUCGAUUUCAUGAAUUUUCGCUGUGUUUUCAGGGGUGGUUAUUUAUACCUUCAGGUUUACCCUCGCUAGUAUCUUCUCGAAUGAUCCAGAGUUGGUUGCAUCAGUUGCUGAUACACUUCCAAUAAUGUUGGUUCCAAUCUUGGCUGAUGACAUCCAAGGGAUGUCUCAAGGAAUCAUCAAAGCAAUGGGGUUCCAGAAGUAUGCAUCUUACUUAUGAUUGAUAGGGUUUUAUGCAAUAUCUAUCCCAGCUGCUUAUUUUUUAUCAGGCACUUAUGGUAUUAAAGGAAUAUGGGUUGGAAUAUCUAUUGGGGCCUUUUUCGUAGCUUUUUCUUAUCUAUAUCUCAUCUAUUCAGCAGAUUUCAGAAAAAUAUCCAAUGAAGCAUCUGAGAGGAUUCAGAUUGAGGCAAAAGAGACUGAAUUUGGGGCUAAAUUAGUGAAAGAUUUACUCAAUUCUGAAUUAUCUGGAAAUGAGCAAGACUCGGCUUCAGAUGCUCUGGUUUAGAUUUGUUCAGAACAUCUCCAAUUAU